AUAACCUCAUAACAAGAGGGCUAUGGUCCGAGCCUAUUGCUGGAAGUGCAUUGAUUUCUACUUCAUGAAAGGUAACUCGCCAUCCCAAGGUACAUAACCCCCUAUCCAGUAUUUUUUUAACAAGGUCCUCCCUUUCUCUGUUGUUUGCCCACGUAAAUGCACAUCUUUAGCAAUCCAUGUCCAUCAGAGAUAACUCAUUGAGCAUAUCUCUAAAAGCUGCUAUUCUUUUAUUAUCUACUCUUUUCCCAACUUUCUCCCAUACAUAUAAAAUCUCAUUGAAAUCCCCCAUGCGUAUCCAUGGAUUGGAACUGUGAGGUUUCAAUGUCUUCAUAUGCUGCCAUAAUUGUAUCCGCUCGCCAAAAUUUGUGGAAGCGUGAAUAAAAGUAAUCUGCAUGCUAUUUUCCUAGCUGGAUCAGUGCAUUUGACAUCAAUAAAUUGUUUAGAACUGCUUUGCACUUGCAAUGUUACUUCCUCAUUCCACAUUAACGCCAAUCCCCCUGCUAUACCUAUUGGAUUUUCAAGGAAUAAGUGCUGAAAUUGAAGUUUUUUGCAUAUACUCUCCACCAUCGUUGCUUUGUCUUUAGUCUCCAUCAGAAAAACUAUACUGGGCCAUUCAAGAGCAAUUAAUGCUCUUAGUUCCUGGAUUGUCAGGGGGUUGCCCAGCCCCUGACAAUUCUAGCUAAUAAUUUUCAUGUCGUCUUUGGUGGCUUAUUAGGGCUAGCCACCAAAGCCCAAUCUGUUCCAUCCUUGAGCAACUUCACUGGAGUCUCCGUCAUGCCUGAAUCAUCAAUGAGAAGAGGGGUAGGUUCAGGGUCACCCAUUAUCUCUGGCUCCAUGGAACUUUCGGCUCUUUUUUUACUACAAGCUUCAAGACGCAUUUCUGGACCUUUCUCUCGUACGGUUAUAUCCUGCUCUCUACCUGGAGAAGGUGCUACAGCCAUGGUCCAUAGGAGCCAAUUUUGUCGAUUGCCCAUGGUGAUUCCGAAUAAGGGAUUUCGGGACAAUCUUGGGCAUAGUGACCUAUUCUUCCGCAGGAGUAGCAAUAAUGGGUUUCGAGCUGUAUUUCCUGGACCUGGCCUAGUUUCCCCAAAUCGUGCUCGCACUGUUUCAGUACAAGCAAAUUGCUGGAAUAAGACCAAGGUGCUAAUUUCAGUACUCUUUCAUUUUCCGCCUCUGAUUGAAAUACAAAGGCUGACUAGGUUAAAGAACAAAAAAGCUAGAAAGAAAAGCAGCGGCGGACAUCAACAUUAACAUACAAAGAGAGGUUUCCUCAUCAAAGCUAGACUCAUACGCUGAUCAAACCCGUUUCACAGAUAACAUCUACAGCGAUUUCAUGCCAGAAGUCCAGACCAGAAUCUUACUCCCACAUCCAACAGCUAUGCCAGAAGGCCUGAACCAGAAUCGAACUCAAACCACCUACAACUACUGCGUAUAUCCCAUUCACUACUUCAAUCCGCUAGUAGCUCCGCCAACGUGUAGAGAGAUGAAGAGAGAUCCAACCUUGAUACGAGCCUCGGAGGUAAGAGCACCAGCCGACCAACCGAGACUACUGUUCUAUUGAAUGAAGAAACAGCCAUCGCACUCAGCAAAAGCUAGAUCGGACGAAACCUUU